AUGGACGUCACCGAGGACCGAUUCUACGGCUCCCAGACGCCGGACCGGUCCGAGACCAACAGCCCGCGAUCGCAGAUGAGCAGCCCGAACUCCACCUCCUCCAUCAACGUCACCGACCAGUCGAUAUCUAUGACGCAGCAUCAGCAGAACCUAGAGACUUUGAACAGAAUGGGGAUGUUCUUUCACGCGCAGCAGAUGCAUCUGAACCAAAGUUUCGACGUCGUAAAGACUAGGUUAGGACUGACCCAAGUGCCCAGCAUGAACCCGGGUCCGCGGCAUACGAUAGACGCGAUCCUGGGGCUGAACGGCAGUAGGCAGGGGGGGAGAGUGAGCAGUGAGUUCGAGCAGAGGAGAGAAGAGCGCGAGUGCGACGCCGUGCCCGCGUCGCCCGGCGCCGGCGAGAGUGCCGGCGAGGGCUCGUGCAACAGCAACGACGGCUGCGCCGCGCCGCCCGACGACGCGCCCAGCGACGACGAGGCGCGCGGCGCCGCCGACAAGAAGAAGCACCGCCGCAACCGCACCACCUUCACCACCUACCAGCUGCACGAGCUGGAGCGCGCCUUCGAGAAGAGCCACUACCCCGACGUGUACUCGCGCGAGGAGCUCGCCAUGAAGGUCAACCUGCCCGAGGUCCGCGUGCAGGUGUGGUUCCAAAACCGGCGUGCGAAGUGGCGUCGUCAGGAGAAGAUGGAGGCGGCGCGGCUCGGCCUGUCGGAGUACGGGUCCCCGGUGCCGCGCCUCAGCGGCCUGGGCCUGCCCGUCGACCCCUGGCUGGCGCCGCCGCUCCUCACCGCGCUGCCAGGGUUCCUGAGCCACCCGCCGUCGGGCUACCCGUCGUACCUGACGCCGCCCGCGCCCGCGCCGCACCCGCCGCACCCCGCGCCGCACCCCGCGCCCGCGCCGCCCGACCACCGCUCCUCCUCCAUCGCCGCGCUGCGCCUCAAGGCCAAGGAGCACGUGGAGAGCAUCAGCAAGGGCCUGCAGAUGGUGUAA